GUUUUCCUUUUGGCACGGCACAAUCAAUUUUUUCUGACCAUCAGACUCUAUUAUGGAUUUUUUGCUCCACUCCAUGAGGCCCUCUUAUCUCUUCCUUCUUCCAGCACAGUGAUUGGUUCACUACCGUCGCCGGCGGCGCGUGCGCCUCGCCCCACGCGCGGGCGGAUCUCCGCGCUUCUGUCUCGCGGCAAAUCAUGUCCCGAAAAGGACCGAGGCCAAUAUCCCCAGCCGCAUCGCGAGAGAGUCACGGCACGCGCCUCUUAACGCUACAAACAUUCGGCUGCGCGAGUUUCCCGCCCCGCGUCGCGAAAGUUCUCGCGGGAAACGAACGGGCGCCGCCGCCGGAAAAUGGAGCCGUGGACGCCGCUGUUCGGCAUAUUCCUCAGCUCUCCGACGCCGGAGACCGACGCGUCCCGGUGGCUGCAGGAGUCUUUCUCGCCGUCCUCGACCUCGGCGGCCGCCGCGCCCAUCACCACCGCCUCCUUCCUGUCGCUGCUCGCGAAGGCGCACGACGCCGCCGUUCGUUCGUUGCUCUGUAGGGUCAUGUUCAUACAGACUUUGCCCGCCAUGGUGCAAUCCCGGAUUCUGUCGUUCCUCGCUCUCAAGCACCGGAGAUUCCGCGCCGCGGACUUGUCGGGUCUUGCCCGCGGCAUUCUGGGUGGCGGCGAAGAGGUGGAUUUUUGGGUAGAGAAGGCUGCCCGGCACCUGCUCGACGUAUUACCCGAAUCAAGUUAUGAGGGAAUAUCUCGAUUGGGUUUGGAUUCGGGGGGAGAAAGAAGUGGUGAUGAGUUCGGGGCGGUACCGGCUUGGCUGAAGAAUGAGGUGGCUGCCACUCGUGUGCUUCUGCCUUGGCUUCCUGUGUCGCUGGAUGAGUUCAACUCGGCGGAGUCUUUCCCGGACGGUGAGAAGAAUGAGGAGUUGUCAAGCGAGGCUGGAGAAAUUGAAGCGGAACCUAUGGAUGAAGAUGUGGAAGGCGUUGAGAUUUGUGAUUCCCUGGGAGUUCCCCUCGAACCUGAAAUUCAGGACGAGGCAAUGAGUUUGAGGGCUCAGAUUGCAAAUUUCGAAUCUACUAGCAGAACUGUUGCCUUAGCAAAUGCAAUCCACGAAAUCUGCCUGGGGAAAGGGUUAAAUUCUGUUCAAGUUCUGGAAUUGAUUGAACCUUGGAAAGCAGAUGACGAGGCGGCUUCAAUUCUGAUUUCCCACCUCACAGAUGGAAGCGAAAAGGAGUUUACUUGGCCAAGCCUUGCUCUCUGCUCCGUUAUCCUUCCUAGACUAUUGGUUCUUGAAGGUCCAGUAACUCGUGUGCUAUUAACUGCGACAAUAGAAUACUGCAAGCUUCAUCAGAAGGCCACAGAAUAUGCGCUGUUAUUACCGCUUAUGAUGCGAAAGGAGGGCAUAAAUAACCCCGUCUGCGAGGCUAUUACUAGGAUCAUCAAGGAAUGCUUGCAUCCAGCUCAUGUCACGGCCUUCUGCCACAAACUGUUGUGUGAUGGGAAAAAUAACAAGAGAUUCGUAUGCUUACCAUCUCACCAAUGCCUAAUAUCCCCUGAACUGGUAUGGACAGAAUCCUUGUUCAAUCUGUUUCAGAACUUAUUGAAUUAUAAUAUUCAUCUGACCCAGGGGUCAGUUGAUUGUAUUAUUGACUCAGUACAGAAGUUGUCUUUAAGGUUCUCAAAAUCUUUGAAGUUUGGAAAUUUUUUACUAUGUUUAGUCACCAAAUGUUCUUCAUCAUUGAAGUCCCAUAAACAGUCAUUGACUAAAGCAGUUGAAUGUACCAAUACUCUGGUGACAAAAUCCAUUUUGUCAAAGUUAUCAAACUUAUAGGCCUUAUUUGUAUUUUCCA